AUGUCCGAUUUCGAUCUUAUUGCAUUUGAUAGCAUGACCCGGCUUCGGGCAAAUAUUUUAUCUAGCAAUAUAGAAGAAAUCAACGCCACACUCGCAGAAUUGCGAGACAAUCUCGACGACGAAACCUUUCAAGCAAAAACAGGCUCUCUUUUUCGUGAUGCGAUUGAGAAGAAUGAAUUUCAAUUAGUCGAUUGCUAUCUCCGGAACUAUGCUUCUAUCAAUUCUCAGCUUAUUGUGAAAGCUACCAGAAACACAUCAUACCAAAUUUUGGAGCUAUUUCUUAACUAUGGAUGGGACAUCAACAUGCCAAUUGACUCAUACUCUCCUCCUGCUAUAGCAUUUUCCUUCCAUGAUAGUGACUUCACACAGUGGUUUCUAGCACAUGGAGCAGAUCCUAAUCGACGAUCUCAUGAAUAUACCGACUGCACACCAUUGUCAAUCGCAUUCAAAGAGGCCGACUUUGCAAUAAUUCAGACAAUUCUCGACCAUGGUGCGUCUUUACGGCACGGCCAAAUUAUACAUUAUGCGGCAAUGCGUGAGCUGGAUGACCGAUUGGAGGUUCUUACAUAUCUUCUAGAUCGAAAGCAUGACUCAGUAAACAAUAUCAUGUAUGAAAAUUGCGGCGAUGAGUACUACUUCCAUAUGUUUAGUGGCAUUGGUACCCCACUUCACCAUGCAGCCGCAGGCGGAUUAUUAGAUUCAGUCAAGCUCUUGGUCCAGUACGGGGCGUUGCCCCGAAUGAGAGAUCCCGCAGGCCAAACUGCUGCUGAAUGGGCUAAGAUGCACGGUCGCAAGGCUAUUUUUGACUUUCUCAACCUUUAUCUAUGA